CGUACGCAGACCGCGUUGCGCUUUUCUGGCGAGAGAAGAGGGAAAGACAGCGUCGUGCUUUUGCGCAUCGUCUGGGGAGGGGAGAGGGAUAGAGUCAGAGAGAGAACCGAUCUAGCAAUCUCUCCUUUUCUCUUCCUAUUUUUGAAGUACAUUUUGAUUGGUUCGGAAAUUCUCUGUAAAAUCACGUUAGAUUGGGUUUCAGAUCCUUCUACUGCUGAUAUUUAGAGGUGGCCUGAUUGGAAAGGCUUGGUUAUAAACAGCGGAGGACUGAUUGUCAAAAACCAGUUUCAUGACAGUGUGAUCGUGUCGGACAAUGAUCGACUGAUAUUUUUGUCGUUGAUGCUGUUUCCUUAACAAAAUUGCUUGUCCUUUAUAAUGUGGAAUUUUGCUGCAAAUCCAUUGGCAAAUAUUAGAGUGAAAGGAAACUCUAGAGAGACAAGCCAAACUUGUUCAGACUGCUCAGAUGAUGAGGUCUUCUCUAAUGCCAGCAAAGAUGAAGGGUUGGAAUGCCCCAUAUGCUGGGAAUCUUUCAACAUAGUUGAGAAUGUGCCUUAUGUCUUGUGGUGUGGACACACUCUCUGCAAGAAUUGCAUUCUGGGACUUCAAUGGGCUGCUUUGAAACUUCUCACCCAACAAAUCAAGAUCCCACUUUUCGUUUCUUGCCCAUGGUGCCAACUAUUAUCAUUCCGAUUGGUUUAUAAUGGAAAUCUGAAGUUUCCUUGUAAGAAUUUUUUCCUCCUUUGGAUGGUUGAGAGCCGGAAUGGUGAUAGAUAUAAGCUUGUUUCUUCCAAUGUGAAUAGCCAACCAAUAUGUCCUCCCUUGAACAACUUUCUUCAGGGAAAUCAUGCUUCUAAUUGUAACCUUAGGAGACGCUCAAUUAAUCUUGGUUCUGGGCAAAGGGAGUCUGAUGGCAAUGAUGGUAGUAGGGAUGGAACUAGACGCCUUUUUUCCCUUUAUAAAUCUCUGGAUUUCUUCAUUCAUAUUAUGUCCAAAUUCCCAUUGGUCGCCAUUUUUCUUGUGAUCGCCUUUUUUGCAGUUCCAUUUAGUGCUGUUAGUUUAUCUGUUUACUUGUUACUCACCAUAGUUUUUGCUGUCCCUUCUUUCCUGGUAUUGUACUUUGCAUACCCUACUCUGGAGAGGUUGGUCAAAGAAAUAAUUUCUUGAGAUAUGGCUUGACUUUAUUAUUUUUGUUCACUUGGAGGUUUUUGUACUUUUAUGUUUCUUCUUCUUUUUCUUGGUAAUGUUCUUCAUAAAUCAACUUGGGGUGAAUCUUCUGUGAGCAACUCACUUCUGUUGAACAGGGAAAUUGAUUGUGAUUCCUUUUACCAGCUGAGGACAAUUAGUUAAUGCAUAAGAGAAAUUUUAAGUGAUGAAAAUUUUCAUGUGCCAAAAUAUUGAAGUUAUGUAAGUUCAGAAAUUUGUUUCAUGCCUCAUGCUUAAGUGCAUUUUAGACUUAAACGGAAGACCAAGGGUCUACAUGUAUUGGUUUCCACUUUCAACCCUCCUAGAGGUUCCUUUUUCAAUGUA